GGGAGCCGGUCACCCGUGGGCCCUCUCUCCCGUGCACAUGCUCCCAGCUCGCUGGACUUAAGGCCCGCGUCGCCUUGGCGGUUUCCAGCGCCUUCCACCGGCCCGCCCGUGCCACCCAUCAGUCCAGUGGUUUGAACUCUAGUCUGGGUGCCCCAAAUAGAGCCAGUACUUGAAAGAUGCAUCAAAAGAACCUUCCCAACACCGAGCCAGAGAUGACUAACAGCCCCAGUACAUCCUACGAUGACCAGAAUGACACCAACAGCUCCGAAUCCACCAGUAACGGACACACCACAAACGGCUCCGGGUUCGCCAUCAACUGGCCUAUCCAAGAUAUGGAACCCACCAUCAGCGGGAACUCAAGCAACGGCGUAGAGCACACAAGCGACGAUUUUGAGCCCAUCGACAACGGGCCUGCUGGUAAUGGUCUGGGCACCUUUCCUUCCACUGCAGGGGCCCAUGUACAGGCCCAAACCCAGACCCUACCCCUGCAGCUGCCCCUGUCCCAGGAGGUACUGGCCUCUUCCCCUAUUCUAGCUGCUAAUCUAACUCAUGCCUCUACCCAGACUCCAUCUCCAGUCCACACCCUGGCUAGUAAUCUGACCUUUGCUUCUACCCAAGCACCAUCUCCAGCCCACAACCUUGCUAUUAACGUGACUCAUGCCUCCACCCAAGCUCCUUCUCCAGUCCAUACCCUGGCUACUAAUCUGACAUUUUCCUCUACCGAGGCUCGGGCCUCUGCCUUGUCUAUUAAUCUGGCCCACACUGAGGCUCUGGCCCUUGGCCUAGCAGUUACUCUGAACCAUGCCUCUACCCAAGCUCCAACACCUGUCACCACCCUGGCUACUAAGUUGGCCCAUGCCUCUACCCAGGCUACAACUCCAGCCCACAACCUGGUUACUAAGAUGAUCCACGCCUCUACCCAGGCCACACCUCCAGUCCAUACUUUGACUAAUCUGGCCCAUGCUCGGGCUAUUCUGACCCAUGCCCCUAGCCAGGCUCCAGUUCCUAUUCCCACCCUGGCUGUCACUCUGGCUCAUGCCCGGGCUCGGGGCCCUACCCUGGCUGCUAAUCUGACCCUUGGCCCUCGGGUCCCCACUCCUGCCCAUGCACUAGCCCUAACACCUACUCUGGCCUUGGUUCCAACCCCUACCCUGAACCCUGCUUCCGUCCGAGCCCUGACCCCCCUCCCAAUUUCCGUUCCAGUUCCCACUGCCCUUCCAGCCGUUCCCAUCCGGGCUUCAACUUCUGUCCCGGCUCCCACUCCCGUGCCAGUGCAUGCCCCUUUUUUGGCUUUUGUACCUACUUAUACACCGAUUGUUACUCCAGUCCCAGCUCCUACUCCUAUCCCCACUCCAACACCCAUUCCAACUCCUGCUCGGGUCCCUGCCCCACCCUUUGCCAUCACCGAGGCACCAGUGCUUGCCCAGACCCGUGUGCCAGCCACUGGCAGGUUUCCUGUUCCGGCUCCUACCUUUGCCUGGCCUCCUCUUCCUCUGUCUACCGUCACUCAAGCGCGCCUGGAUGCCCGGGUCAGACCUCCUCCUGUGGCCUCAGUCACCUCGCGAGCAGCAGCUGCAACUGUUCCUCGGCCCCAGCCUGCACCAUCCACCGCUGCUCCUCCUGCAGUGGCAGGUCCAUCUUCAUCCUCAAGGGCUAUGGAAGGAACAUCAUCUGAUUCAAAGACCAAUCUGAUUAUCAACUAUCUGCCCCAGAGCAUGACUGAAGAGGAGUUGCGCAGCCUCUUUGCCCGUGUGGGUAAGAUCCAAUCUUGCAAAUUAGUGCGGGACAGGGUGACAGGCCAAAGCCUUGGCUAUGGUUUUAUUGACUAUGUGCAUCCCAGGGAUGCAGAGAGGGCGGUGUGCUUGCUGAAUGGACUUCAGUGCCCUCCAAAAACCAUUAAGGUGUCCUAUGCUCGGCCUAACUCCUCCUCCAUCAGAGAUGCCAAUCUUUAUAUCAAUGGCCUGCCUAAGAACAUGACACAGAAGGAGCUAGAACACCUCUUCUCUCCUUACGGGCACAUCAUAACAUCAAGAAUCCUGACAGACAAGGCUAGUGGAACCUCCCGGGGUGUGGGCUUUAUUCGCUUUAACAUGAAAUCAGAGGCUGAAGAAGCCAUCAAGGCUCUGAAUGGCCAGAAGCCCUGUGGUAUUCUGGAGCCCCUUGUUGUCAGGUUUGCUCAUAAUCAGACCCAGGUGACACCACAAAACCCGUUGUGCCAGCUUCCCCACAGCUCCCACGGACCGCUGCCGCCUCAGCCCCGGAGGUCUGGCCUUAACAACACGCCCAUCCCGACCCGUGCAGCCCAGAAUUUAACACCAUCAACCACGGAGAACACGAGAGACCUAGUCGGAGUGACCUUCCCGGGGCAGACGGUCACCGGUUGGUGUAUUUUCAUCUACAACCUCGCACCCGAUUCCGAUGAAAACAUCUUGUGGCAAUUAUUUGGACCCUUUGGAGCAGUCAGUAAUGUAAAGAUCAUCCGGGAUUUCAACACCAACAAGUGCAAACGCUUUGGCUUUGUCACUAUGACUAGCUACAAUGAAGCAGCAUUGGCCAUCGCUAGCUUAAAUGGGUAUUGCCUUGGGGGUCGGGUUUUGCAGGUUUCAUUUAAGACCAACAAAGUUCAUAAGGCUUGAUUUGCACACCCUUGCCUAGUAAACAACAAAGCCAAAAGGAGGGCAUUAACAUCGAAGCCACAGGAAGAACAAACUUUGUACCAUGUCACCAGUGGACUUGUAAAUCAACUUUACUCUAAGGUUGGUUUGCAAAACUUCAGAAGCUUGGCCGUCCUGAGGUGGAUCAGGAUAAGGGUUUUACAAUGA